AUGGCUCCGCGUAAGAAUGCCAAGGGCGGCGGCGGCGGCGGCGGCAACAGUAGCAGCAGCACCAGUGGCUCCAGCACCAGCAGCAGCAGCUCAGGGGCCCGGAGAGACACAAAGCACGGAGGACACAAGAACGGGAGGAAAGGAGUGCUUUCCGGAAGUUCAUUCUUCACUUGGUUUAUGGUCAUUGCACUGCUGGGUGUCUGGACCUCUGUCGCUGUCAUCUGGUUUGAACUUGUGGAUUAUGAGGAAGUCUUAGGAAAACUAGGAGUCUAUGAUGCUGAUGGUGAUGGGGAUUUUGAUGUGGAUGAUGCCAAAGUUCUAUUAGGUCUUAAAGAGAGAUCUGCCUCCACGCCAGCAGCGCCGCCCGAAGAGCCUGAAACGUACCCUCCGCCAGAGGAGCAGGUGCCCCUGGGAUCAGGACCUCAGCCUGUGGAAGAUGAAAUACAAGAAGAAGUCCAUUCCUCUCUCCAUGAAACAGUGUACACAGAACAUGGAGAACACCUACACCCAGAGGAAGACGAACCAGCAAGAGAACAGCAACCAGAAGAUGACGAUUUCCUUGUAGGGAGAGAUACAGAUGACAGAUUUGAGACGCUGGGAACUGGAACAUUUCAGGAAGAAACUGAAGAUAGUUACCAUGUAGAAGAGACAGCUUCGCAGACCCCUAACCAGAAUGCGGAAGAGAUGAUGUAUGAACAGGAGGCACCAGAUUCCACUGAACCAGCAAUAGAUGACUAUGAAAGAACGUACCAUGAUGCAGAUGAAGUAACGUACCAAGACUAUGACCAACAAGUAUACGAACCAUCGGAAAGUGAAGGGGGGAUGGAAAGCUCAGAUAAUACUGUAGAAGAUUCAAACAUAAUCAUAGAAGAAACACAUGCGCCCCCAGCGGAGGAGCAUCAGGAAAUACCACCAGAAACAAAUAGAAAAACAGAUGAUCCAGAACAGAAAGCAAAAGUUAAGAAAAAGAAGCCUAAACUAUUAAAUAAAUUUGAUAAGACUAUUAAAGCUGAACUUGAUGCUGCAGAAAAACUCCGUAAAAGGGGAAAAAUUGAGGAAGCAGUGACUGCAUUUGAAGACCUGAUUCGUAAAUACCCACAGAGUCCACGGGCGAGAUAUGGGAAGGCACAGUGCGAAGACGACUUGGCUGAGAAGAGGAGGAGCAACGAGGUGCUGCGCAGGGCCAUCGAGACCUACCAGGAGGUGGCCGGCCUGCCCGAGGUGCCCGCCGACCUGGUGAAGCUGAGUCUGAAGCGGCGCUCAGACAGACAACAAUUUCUAGGUCACAUGAGAGGCUCUCUUGCUACACUUCAGAAAUUAGUUCAACUAUUUCCUGAUGACACUUCCUUAAAGAAUGACCUCGGAGUGGGUUACCUGCUGAUGGGAGAUAAUGAGAAUGCCAAGAAGGUUUAUGAAAAGGUUCUGAAAGUGGCACCAAAUGAUGGCUUCGCUAAAGUGCAUUACGGCUUUAUCCUGAAGGCCCAGAACAAGAUUGCAGAAAGCAUUCCCUAUUUGAAGGAAGGAAUAGAAUCUGGGGAUCCUGGAACUGAUGAUGGGCGAUUUUAUUUUCACCUAGGGGAUGCCAUGCAGAGGGUUGGGAACAAGGAGGCGUAUAGGUGGUACGAGCUUGGGCACCAGAGGGGCCAUUUUGCAUCCGUUUGGCAGCGCUCGCUCUACAAUGUGGACGGACUGAAAGCCCAGCCAUGGUGGACCCCGAGAGAAACAGGCUACACGGAGCUGGUGAAGUCCUUAGAGAGAAACUGGAAGUUGAUCCGUGACGAAGGCCUCGCGGUGAUGGAUAAAGCCCAAGGCCUCUUCCUGCCCGAGGAUGAAAACCUGAGGGAGAAGGGAGACUGGAGCCAGUUUACGCUGUGGCAGCAAGGAAGAAAAAAUGAAAACGCCUGUAAAGGAGCUCCUAAAACCUGUUCUUUACUGGAUAAAUUCCCCGAGACAACAGGAUGCAGGAGAGGACAGAUCAAAUAUUCCAUCAUGCACCCUGGAACUCACGUGUGGCCGCACACGGGGCCCACGAACUGCAGGCUCCGGAUGCACCUGGGCUUGGUGAUUCCCAAGGAAGGCUGCAAGAUCCGAUGUGCCAACGAGACCAAGACCUGGGAAGAAGGCAAGGUGCUCAUCUUCGACGACUCCUUUGAGCACGAGGUGUGGCAGGACGCCGCGUCUUUCCGGCUGAUAUUCAUCGUAGAUGUGUGGCAUCCGGAGCUGACACCCCAGCAGAGACGCAGCCUGCCUGCGAUUUAG